GGGGGCCCUUUCCUGCUCCGCGUGCUCCCAGGCGGCUGCACCCUCCAGGGCUCGGCUCCCGCGGCGCACGGCAGUCGGCGGCACCCCGCGGCCAGCAGCAGCUCCCCAGCACCCCCUUUCAGGCAGUCUGGCAAUAGGGUGCCUCUUCUGACACCCCUCCCAGGAGCAGCUUUUGUGGCAUCCUCCAGGGCUGAUUUCUGUUCAGGCAGCCAACGUCCCCAAGUAUUCCUGCGUGACAAGCUUCUUUCCGAGUCUGAAGAGUAAUAGGGCCCAACCUCUGCUCUUGUGGAGUGGAAGUGCCCACCUGGUGUAACAGGUGGCCCUAGUCCCCCAAACAUCCUUGAGGAGCCAAGUCCGGAAGACCUCUCCCACCUCUGCCUCUGCCAUGGCCGCGAGAACCAUCAUCAUCGACCACGGGUCCGGCUUUCUGAAGGCUGGCUUGUCGGGGUGGAACGAGCCCCAGAUGGUCUUCCCGAGCGUUGUGAACUACAUCCCGUGCAGAGAGAACCCCGGCCCUAGCUACGCCCGCAGGCGCGUGAGUCUAGGCAUCGACAUUUACCAUCCUGACACCUUCAGCUACCCCGUCCAGCGUGGCCGCAUCCUCAACUGGGAGGGCGUGGAGCACAUCUGGUCCUUCGUCCUGGAGACACACAGACGGGAGCAUGAGGACUCCUCUGUGAUAGUCACAGAGUCCCCCCUGAGGGAGCCUGUGGACCGACAGAAAACCCUGGAGAUUAUGUUUGAGUUACUGGAUGUCCGGUCCCUACUCCUGGCUGACCAGCUGGAGAUGUCCCUGUAUGCCUCUGGCCUCCUGACCGGCGUGGUGGUCGAUUCUGGUUACGGCUUGACCCGCGUGCAGCCUUUCCAUCUGGGCCGCCCCUUACGGCCCAGUGGUAAGACGCUGGAGUUCGCCGGCCAGGAUCUCUCCGCCUAUCUCUUCAAGAGCCUCUUUAAGGAAGAUAGCAACCAACACAACCUGUUUCAGCUGGACACGGUCACCAACACUCAGAUGAACAAGUGCUACGUGCCGCAGAAUUUGGGGGAGGCGCUGGACUUUCGUCAGAGCCUGCCCAGUGGCUCAGAUGAGACCAACACCUAUCAGCUCCCGGAUGGCACCCCUGUGGAGCUGACCCCCAUGCAGCGGCUGGCUCCCGAGAUGUUCUUCAGCCCCCAGGUGUUCGACCUGGAAGGGCCCAGCAUCUCUCAGGCUGUGCUGGAUUCCAUCCAGACCUGCGAAGCCUAUGUGCACCCACUGCUCAUCUCCCAUGUGGUGGCCUGUGGGGGCAACACCCUCUAUCCGGGCUUCACCAACCGCCUGUACAAGGAGCUCAUCGAAGAUCAUUUCUCCUCCACCAAGACCACAGUAUGGGUGGGUUCCAACAGAAACUUUAGCGUCUGGUUAGGAGCGUCUGUUGUGGCUCAUCUGUCUACUUACAAGUCCGAGUGGAUGACCAAAGAUGAGUAUGAUGAGAGUCUGAGGCAGUGACCUGCUGCCUGGCUCCUGGGACCCGGCUCCUGCUGGAUAGGCUUGAGUGAAUUAAUUGCAGUGAAAAGGUCUGGGCAGGGGUGGGGUGAGCAGGCUUUGGAAUUUUCAGGUCAUGGAGGAUUGUUUUAGGUUCUAGAGUUUUAUCUUGUUUCAAGAGAGGGAUCUAAUCCAUAGGUGGACAGGGUGUCGUCCCUGGAAGCCCUUCAGGGGACAGUUUUUCCGGGGAUGGUCUGUCAUUGGGAUGGGAGUGGCCAGCUGCCAUCUCUAUGCCUAAAAGCCAUUUGUUUGUCACUGGCAUCUCCCUUGGGUUGUCCCGUUCUUCUUGGUUGAAUAGGUUUUAACUGGGGCAAGAGAGAAUUAUUUUUGGAUGGGGACAGACAGGGCAGGGAGGAGGAGAGUUGAAGUCUCUAGUCUCAUGUGCUCUCGCUGGCCAGGGAGGAGCUGCGGUGGGUGAGUCUGGAGCGCUCUUCCCCGCUGUGGCCAGCGUCUUGUUUUAUGUACGCAAAUAAACAAAAUUGUUUGGAA